UCAACUAUGCUGUAGUCGGUUGUUUUGUCUAGAAAGUACAGUGCACUAACUUUUAAAAACGUGAGUAAAUAAUUUUCGCAGAACAAUCCCUAAACGGUGCGUAAUUGUGUUACAAUUCCCAAGAUAAUGUAAAGUGCGCAGUGGCUCUAAAUGAAGUUAUGAGAAUCACAUGGAUAUAUGGGAGACUUUCGAUGCCGGUAUCUGCGCUGUGUGCUGGGCUAAUUGGAAAUUUCAUUGGAAGUAUUAGUUGGAAAACCGCUUCCUGUAACUGCGUAUCGCACAGAUAAAUGGAGUAACGGAAAGGAGGGGUGCGCAGAGAACUUCACACGGUGUGCAAGUGAUGGUCAGUCAACUCAAGUGGACUUUUUGCUUCAGGCGUGCCAAUAAUGCGUCCUAUUAUUAUCACAUACACGGAGUAACCCACAAGGGACAGGUCACGGCGUCUGCGAGACAGAAUAAAAAGUGAGCUGAUCCGCUCCUUCAGUGAGGACUUGAGCACCGGAUCUUUCAGCAAUUUGUCAACUCUCUCCCUGCAGUCGGCCGGUGUUCAAAGGAUGGACACAGACUCUUAACGAAUACUCAUAUGACUGCUGAUGUUCUGUUUCCUACUUUAGAAGAGCAGACUUUAAUGGGACAUACUUCGGACCGAACAGAUCCCAAAGUUGAUUAUUUACAUUUUCAUAUGUGUUGGACGCACGGAACGUAAUCAUUCAUUAGCCUAUUUGAAAACGCUAUAACGACCAGAAGGUUUGGGUUCAACUUUUUUCCCACAGUAGUUGGAAAAGGAGUUCACUUUUUUUCUCUCCACGGAAGCUAUGAGCGGACUGCGUAAACACGUAACUAUGGCACUGGUGCUACUGAUGUGCGCACUGACCCGCCACAGCAGUGAGAGCGCGCCCUCAGCGACCCAGGAGUCGGCUGCAGGCGGCAGGGAUGCACAGCAGGACUGGAGGCGGAUGGUACAGAUCGUGAAACACGUGGAGGACAACCGGGGUCGCCAAAGCACCAGAACGGCAGCCCCAUUAACAGCGCGGAGCCCUGCGGUGGAUCUAAAGGAUUUACGCAAGCUGAAAACAGACAGAGGGGAUCAGGCUAGCGUCGUAUUCCCCAGAGAUCUCAGGAAGAAGGAGAAAUUCCUAAAACAUAUAACAGGUCCGCUAUACUUCAGUCCAAAGUGCAGAAAGCAUGUGUACAGACUCUACCACCACACCAGAGACUGCACAAUACCUGCAUACUUCAAAAGAUGUGCGCGGCUUCUCACAAGACUAGCUGGCAGCCCGCAGUGCACAGAGGGGUAGCACACACAAGGUUGAAACCAAAACAAAAGUUCUUCACAAGAAAAAAAACUUGGGGUGAGAAAGUGCCUUGGACAGUGAGAGGGAAGCAAAAAAUUCUCUGACCAGCCCCAACUGACUUUAGGCACAGUAUGCCCUUCAGGGAGGCCUGCCCUUCUAAGGCGUGGAUUAUUGCCUCCCGUCGCUCUGCCUGGGCCUCGAUGGUUGGCUGUCACCAUGAGGGAGGCAACCAGCCAACAAAACCAGACCUAGAUAAAGAUGGUGGAACUGAAGAGUAGAGAAAGAAACAAGUGGCGGAGAGAAACAAAAACAGGGCCUAUUUCCCUGCUGGCAUCCAAAAAUGUGUUGCUUAAACAAAACAAAAAGGGAUAGCAUCAUUUUAUUUUGGUAAUUUCUUCGAGAAAAGAGCAAAUGUUCUGUUUUUCGUUUGCUCUGUACGGAUGUUGUGGGUUGAGCCCAUCCCUUCUACUGCACUACCCAUUAUGCAGAGAAGCUCUCGCAGACCCCCGGCAUCAGCAUAGUUUAUCCCAUUUGUGCUCACACUGAGAAAAGACUUGUGAUUAAAUUAUUAAUUGCAUGAGCAUUUCUCUGGGUCUUUGCAAGACAUGUUAAAAAAGGAAGGGGUGGUUGUAAGUUGCAGCCCUCCUGUGGAUCUUGGUAGAGCGUGGUAAAGUCUAUAUUUAUAUUUUUGAGUUGUCACAAGGUUUCACUUUACAAACUAUUGGCCAAGAGAAAUAUGUACAUACUGUAAAGCAAAGCAUAAGAGGAAUCCACCUAUCUAGCGUAAAUUAAAGUGGCUGGCAUUUAUCAAAUGCAUAUAUAUAUAUAUAUAUAUAAAAAUGAAAUAUAUUUAAAUAAAUUAUAAGAUUGGUACAAAUUUGAGUGGUCUUUUUUGUUUUGUGCAGUACUUUCUCUUAUGUU